AUGGCAAUCACUGAAACAAACACAAAGAGCUCUUUGCAUACUCGAUGCAACAGCUUGCCCUCUACACCUCACCCACUCGUUUCACAAUAUGAGGAGCAUCUGCAAAGAUUGAAGGACUCUCAAGCCACCUCUUCAAUAUCGUCAUCUUCAUUGAGCCACAAUCUUAAUUGGUUGUUGGAUUUACACCACUGCACUGACAUGUUGCUUCAAUUGCCAAUGAAACAAGAAGCCUUAGCACAAGAGUGCAAUGAUAAAUGCGUUGAUGACAUUCUUGAAGGGUCGUUGAGGCUCUUGGAUAUCUGCAGUACAGCUAAAGAUUGCUUAUUGAUAGCAAAGGAAAGCAUGCAUGAACUUGACUCAGUGAUCCGAAGAAGGAGAGGUGAUAAAACUGAGUUCAUUGCUGAGGGUGGAAAAUACUUGGCUUCAAGGAAGAAGUUGAAGAAAGCAAUUAGAAAGGCAUUGGGAAAUUUGGAAGCAAUAAAAACUGAGUUUGCAGUUCUCCCCUCAAACAAAGACUAUGACACUUUGUCUAUGGUUAGCAUCUUAAAAGAAGCAGACGAAGUCACAAUAAGGUCUUUAGAAUCUCUGUUGCUGUUUACCUGUGACCCCAAUGGACAAUCAAAGAAGAGCAGAUGGUCAGCAAUCUCAAAGCUGAUACAGCCUAAAAGAGUGGUUUCUGACUCUCAAGAAUCAAACAAAAAUGAGUUUGAGAAUUUGGAUGCAGGUUUGCAGUCUCUCCUCUGUCACAAGCCUUCAGCUAUUAAGAAUUUACCUAGCCAUUUGGAAAAUUUGGAGAUGUGCAUUCAGGAUCUAGAAAUAGGAGUUGAGCACCUCUCAAGAAAACUAAUUAAAACAAGAGUUUCCCUUCUCAACAUCUUCAACCAUUAA